AUGGCGGUCACAGACCAAGAUCACGACCAGGACAACUUCUCCAGUAUCUCGUGGACAGAACAUGCGGAUGACCCGACCGCAGACCCUAUCCCUUCCGCUGGACAGCGCGAUCAGCAUUCUGGAGAGGCGUCAGGAGCCGGCCCAAGACGUCGCGACCAUGAUCCUCACGGGCUAGGCAGCGAGAAACUAGAGUGUACCGUUGGCAGUCCACUCAAGGAGAAUGACGGCAGCAAAGAUGCAUUCAUUUCAUAUCUGAUCACCACUCAUUCCACCUUCCAGUCCUUCCAGAAAGAGACAACUACAGUCCGUCGACGAUUCACAGAUUUCGUCUUUCUCUACAAGCAACUCAUGCGAGACUAUCCCGCUACUGCUGUGCCCCCCCUCCCCGACAAGCAACGCAUGGAGUAUGUUCGCGGCGACCGCUUCGGAUCAGACUUCACCGCCCGACGAGCGCACUCCUUCCAGCGCUUCCUCGCUCGGCUGUCCCUCCAUCCUGUGCUGCGACGUGCCGCCAUUCUUCACCACUUUCUCGAAAGCCCCGACUGGAACGCCACGAUGCGCAGUCGCAGCACCCGAGCCAGCCUGUCCACCGACCCGAGCAACACAAGUGGUGUCUUUGACAACUUCGCCGACACGUUCAUCAACGCCUUCACCAAGCUGCACAAGCCGGACCGGCGCUUCAUUGAAGUCAAAGACCGAAGCGAUAAGCUCGACGAAGACUUGGCCAACAUUGAAAAAGUCGUAGCCCGCGUCGUCCGCCGCGAAGGAGACCUCGAAACCGACCUCAAGGACCUCGCGGAGCAGUUCCAAAAGCUCAUCACCCUCGAGCCAGGCGUCGAGCCCGCAGUCCACGCCUUCGCCGCCUCCAUUGAAGACACCGCCGCCCACUUACAUACGCUUCGGGACCUCACUGACCAGGACUACCUCGGCUCCCUGCGCGACAUGCAAGCCUACUCCCUGUCGCUCAAGGGCCUUCUCCGCGCACGAGAGCAGAAGCAGCUCGACUACGAACAACUCACUGAAUAUCUCAACAAGUCCACCACCGAGCGCGACUCCCUCCAAUCGGGCUACUCGUCCUCCGGCGCGGGAUCCUUCAUCCGCGCUAAGAUUGAAGACGUGCGUGGCGUGGACCACGAACAAGCUCGUCGUGAGCGCCAGCGUAAACUCGAGCUUCGCGUCGAAGAACUUACUAACGAGGUGGAACAUGCCCGCGCCACAAGCGACAUGUUUGACGAUGAGGUUGUACGUGAAGUUGCUGACUUUGAGAGGAUCAAGAGGGCGGAGUUCAAGUCCCAAUUAGGGGGGUUGGCGGAUGCGCAUGUCGCGUUUUACGGCGAGGUAAUUGGUCUUUGGGAGAGUUAUAUCAAGGAAAUGGAGAAGGAGGGCGUGGUAGCUGCGUGA